AUUGAUUUGUCUUUCGCAAAAAUCAACCCCUUCAAAAUCAACCUUUAUCAUGAGUUUUCAACCAAGGUCAACUUUGGUCCUCGUGACUCAAUGACAGCAAUAAAUUCCAGCUGAAAAGGUGAAAGGUCAGACAUUUGUCCAUGAGAACUCCAAGCAGGGAGAGCAUUGAUAAUCAGAGAGCAAUUAGACAGCAAAGAUCAGUCCACAGUUCACCGCCACGAAAUGACAACGGACUGAGAGACGUGGCAGACGAGAACUUCUGAGGAUUACAUGUGACGACGGGAUUGCAACGACCGACGAAAGCAGAAGGUGUCGAGAAGAGAAGGCAAGUUCAGACCUCCACAGUGCGGACUCUGAGACGAUGGACAUCCUUGAGACAGACGCCUUCGACAGGCGGCGGAGGAGAAACAUGUCCUGUGCUCUCCUCCUCUCUCUCCUGCCCUUCUUUUUGUCCGCAGCUCUGUUCUUCUACCUGUGGACACCUGACUCAACUGCAUCCGUCAUGUCUGCAGGUGUCAAAUCAGCACCGGUGCUCCUACUGGCUGCAGCAGUGCUAAGCUGGAAUGGAGGUCAGAGCGUCCUUGGUGUGGCGGGAGGAUUGAUAUUCUCUGCUGUUGGGGACUGCUGCUUGGUGUGGCCUGAUCUUUUUCUGCAUGGAAUGGCUGCAUUCGCCGUGGCUCACCUGCUGUACUCAUUCACCUUCCUCUCCAGUCGCUAUUCGGCAUAUUCCUCUUCCUCGUCCAUCUGGAUUCGUUCUCUGUAUCUGAUCCUGUUCAUGUUUGGAGGAGGUUUCUACAUCUACAUGUAUCCGUUCCUGCAGAAGGCGCCAGACUCCGGUGUGCUGCUCCCAGCUGUUGGUGUGUACAUUGUCUUGAUUGUUCUGAUGGGGUCACUGGCGAUCAGAACCCACAACAUGGCCACGCUGUUCGGAAGUUUGGCCUUCAUGGUGUCUGACCUGUCGCUGGCUCUGCAAGUUUUCAAAGUGACCGCACCAAUGGAGCAUGGUAACGCUGUUGUCAUGGUAACAUAUUAUUUGGCACAGCUGCUGAUCGCUGUGGGCGAUGUUAAUGCAGUGAUCUACAACGACGACAUUGCAAAAUGGAAGAGGUCCUAAAACAGCCUCCUUUUUUGAUCAACCCGAUAAAGUGAUAUAUCCUAUAAAUCAUUUACGUCUUGGUGUUUCUAA